UCAAGAGGAGAUCAACUGGCGUUGAAGAUUAAGACUGGACUAGUCUGCUGUACUACACUAUACAUCUCUGGAUCUGUUUUAGUGGACUCAGUGAGAACAAUGUUGAAACAAACAGAUACUCCUGAGACUGUGCGUCUGUCUCACUCCAUCAAUGAUGAAGAGAGAAAAUACGUGACGGCGAGGAAGACUUUGAUUAAGGAGUGGCUGAACAGUCAGGAUAUCUCCUGUGAACUAGAGGAUGUUCCUAACAUAGCGUUGCUGGGGUCAGGAGGAGGAGAAAGGGCAGCAGUGGGCAUGCUGGGAUCACUGCAUCAGCUGGCACAGGACGACCUGCUGGGCAGCUUCCUCUACAUGUGUGGGGUGUCAGGCACCACCUGGUGCAUGUCAUCCCUGUACAGCGAUCCAGAUUGGUCGCUGAAUAAGCGUUGUGAUGAGGUGUUAGAGAAGCUGAAGGGUCCUACGGUGGACUUGAAGAAGGCUGUGGACUGGCUGAGACAGCGGAAAGAAAAUGACCAGGACUUCAACCUCACUGACUUCUGGGGCGCCUUCACUGCCUCCUAUUUCAUGAAGGAGAUGAACACUCGCUGUCUCUCUGAAGAAGCUCACAGGAACAGCACCAACCCAUACCCCAUUUACAGCGCCAUAGAACUGGACUGCAACCGACUGGAUUACACUAAAGAGGUGUGGUUUGAGAUGACCCCCCACGAGAGCGGUUUCUCCGGAUUGGGCGCUUUCGUCCCCACUUCCUGUCUCGGGAGCAAGUUUGAAGGCGGUACUCUGAAAGAGAAGAGGAACGAAAUGGACAUGGUUCUGCUGCAAGGUAUCUGUGGGAGUGCCAUUGCAGACGGGCAGAGGAACAUUGAUGAGGUGAUGACGAUUAUUAACAAAAAGAUCUGGGGAUUAUUUGGAGUUGGCAAGAAAGUUUUAAAAUCAGUUACGUUUUCUGCUGGCAUUGAGACUAACGGUAGCCUUUCACAGGCUUCCCACAAUAAGUUGGGUGAAUUUUGGCCCAUUCCUCCUGACAGAGCUGGUGUACCUGAGUCAGGGCAGGACAGCAUGAUGUUGAUGUCUGGGAGAGGGAGGGAGGUAGAGGAGGUGUGUGAGUGUGUGCCCUCCCGAGUGGUGCGUUGUAUGUCUGAGCUGAUGCAGUACGCUGAGGACCCAGAUGCACUGAUGAAGGCAAAGGAAGUCAUCACCACACUGGGAUGGCUACUGGAUGGUCUUGUGAGCAGUAAGGGCGAGAUGCUGUGGAACAUGGACUCUGAGAGGUGGAAGAGAACCAGCCUGGUGGAGAGAAAGGAGUUCAUAGAGACAGUCAGUCUGGAGCUCAUCCUCUCCUCAGACAGCUGGACAAAAGACUGGGAGGACCAGCGCUGCAACUGCAACGGUAACGAUGAAGGGAGGCACGGGGUGACGAUGGAAAUAAGGGAGUCGUUUGUCAUGUCAUCAUCCAACCAGAGAGCAAGAAACGGCUGGUCCCCUUUCCCCAGAUUAGCUUCAAUCUUUUGGAUUGUAAAGAACAUUUCCCCUCUGCUCAUUGAAUGGGAAUGGGGAACCACGUCCAACUUCCUCUUCAAUAUCAAAGAUGCUAAAGAUCUGACUAGCAUGGCGUCCAAAGAGAAGAUUCAUCUGAUAGACGCAGGGUUAAAGAUCAAUUCUCCCUACCCCCCCAUCCUGCGCACAGAGAGGGAUGUCGACCUCAUCAUCUCCUUGGACUUCAGCGCGGGAGACCCCUUUGAGACGGUGUUUAGUGCUAAACAGUAUGCGGAUGAGCUGGAGCUCCCCUUUCCACCAGUGAAGGAGAGUAUGAGGGAGGCGAAAGACCAUCCUCAGGACUGCUACGUUUUUGAGGGGCGACGCCCUGAAGAGCCCACCGUCAUGCACAUGCCCCUGUUCAACCUGCAGAACUGCCGAGACGAGGAGGAGAUUAAGACGGAGAGGGAGAAGUACACAACGUUCCAGCAGCACUACGGUGCGCCUGAGAUCGACCACCUCCUGAAGAAGGCCAAGGACAACUUGAAGAACAACAGAGACAGGAUCCUGGGACAGAUCAUUAUGGCUGUCCAACGCAGAAAGAAUCGCAAGUCAGUGGCUCAACGCAUUUCGGAGGGUCAGCCUGUGGUUCGGUCCAUGAUGGCCAAAAGGUCACUGAAGCGUUCAAUGUACAGCAUGGACCAGGAAAAUUCCCCCAUUGCACCAAAGAGACCCCACCAAUCAGAGCAGGGAAACCUGGGUUACUACCUGAUGCCCAUUGGCUCCAACCCCAAUCCUAUGGGGCCAAUCAGCAUGCAGUAUUGGCCACAGCAGACUCCAGGACAGACUGGUAGUCCUUGGGGAUAUUACCACGCCCAGCAACAGAAUGGCAGUCCUUGGGGAUACCACCAGGCCCAGCAACCGUCCCAAGUACCAGCCCAGGGACAGAAUGUACCACCUCCCCCUAUGGCUUUCCCCGGGUAUUUCCUGCUUCCCAUGGCCUGUGCUGCCUCCCCUCUCCCACAACAUGUACUACCCCAGACCCCGACAUAUUAGUGGUGUGCGGGUCAGCUGUUUGUUCACCCGCUCCACAGCUGCUAAUAACCAUCUGCAACCGCCCAACUAUAUGUGAUCAAGUUGAAAUCUGAUGCCCGCACCUGACCGUAACCCGCAAAUACAGAAAAUGUGUUUUAUAGUCUGUCAGAGAUGGCUGAAUGAUUUUUUUGACAGGCCUUUUAAAAUAGGCUCAUGUUUCUGCUUAUAAUUUCCCACAUUUUGGUAGGCUAUUUGUUAGUGAACUUGUCUGCAGCUUCUCUUCUAUUGACAUCUGUAAAGCUUGUUUUCUCUUAUUCUUUCAUCUCUGCCUCUCUCAUGCAGCAAAGACGUUUAGGGACCGGGAGAAAAUGCAAUAACUAAAAAAAAUAAAAAAAACGGGAAAGAAUUUAUGUGCAAAAUUUCCAAAUUACAUCAGUUUGACUGAUUUUAAGGACAUUGAAAGUUGUUAAAACGACCCAACAUGCUUUUGAUAAAAUAUCAGUUUGGCUUGGAUGCAUAGGCUAUUUUUGUGGUUGAAAUACUAUCAGCUUUUAUGAUGCUGAUAAAGUGAGAACCUUUACAGAAGGUCCCUAACUAUGCAUUCAUUCUCUCAAGAUGCUGAAAGAAAGAAAUAAUAUUUCCACACUCCUGCUCCCAAGUCAAAAUGUACAUUUAGUGUAUAGUUUUACUGCAAGAAAUUAUAACAGGCUAUGUGAGAGGUUAUAGACCUACAGUCAAUGUCCACAUUUCAGAUACACUUCAAAAAAUAUAUAAAUAAUGAAAGAAAAACCUCAAUGUAGCCUAUAAAUAUGAAUUGCACAAUAAUGAAACAUUUAUGGAUUUUGUAUGCAUUGCUUUCUCUUUAUUCACCCCCUUUCAUGUCAGCUCAGGGAUUUGAAUCAGCGACCUUUCGGUUUAUACGGGCAAAUGCUCUUAACCUCCUAGGCUACAUGCCGCCUUACUAGUUUUAAUUUGGAUGAACUUAUUCUGCUACUCCUGUUCAGCAGUGACGGCUGAGGCUCUAUUGUCUGUGUUGGUUACUGUAAACGGGAAUACAUUUUGUACUCAGAAAAAACCUGACGAAGCAGAUGUGAAAUGCGUUGUUCAUUCCAAAUGUGUACACUGCAAUGAAAUUAAAAACUACAUUUUAUA